AUGAGGACCUCGGCGGCGGUGCUCCUUGUCGCGCUGCUGAGCGCGACUCUAGGGGGAUCUCCCGCCGGCGACGGCGUCGGCGUCGCGUGCGUAGCCGAGGCGGCUCCCGUCGCACCCCGCGCCGGCUGGCACCAUCGUCACCGCCAUCACCCAGCGGGAAUCGCGAAUCGCGCGGGAUACGUCGCGACUCGAAGCCUCGCGGCUUGGGCGCUGUGGCCCUCGCGCGUGGCGCACGCGGCAUCGUGCCUCCGUUUCGACCCUGAAACCGGAUCGAUCAACGGGCUGGCCGAGGAGGAGAUCGAGAAGGGAGCCGUGCCCAAGGUGAUCGCGCCAGUCAAGCACCCCGGACGGCCGCUCCCGGUCCCCAAGGACAAGGUGCUGCUCCCCGGACAGUGGCACAGCUGGACCGCGAUCGGGCCGAUUCUGGACGACGAGUACAGGGCUGCCAGACCCAACGUCACGGAGACGGCGCGGCAGACGCGAGGGCCCGGGGGCGAAGACGCGGGCGACGCAAACUCCUUAGCCCCGGCGUCGUCGGCGCCCGGCGCCGAGGAGGGCCCGGCAAGGAGAGAGCCCGACAGGCCGGGAUGGCGCGACGGACGACGGUACAACCCGGAACCCGCGCUCGCGGUUCUCUUCGAACGCUACGGCGGCGUCGAUAACGCGUUGCACGUCCUCGCCAAGGCCACCGCGGAGGAUGGCAAAGAUCCGGUGAUGUGGUCGGAUCUCGGCAACGCGUACAGGGUGAAGGGCGAGACCGACCUCGCCAUCGCGUCGUUCGAGACGGCGCUGCGACUGCGUCCGCAUCCGGAUUUCUACCUCAACCUCGGCGGCGUGCGGUUCGUGCUGGGAGAAACCGAGGAGGCCGUGCGACUGUUCACCAUGGGCCUCUCGCUUAAUCCCAGGCACGUCUUGCUGCAGUACUCGCUCGGCAACGCGCUUCAGAGCAUGGGGCGUAAAGAGGACGCCGCGCGCGCCUUCGAGUCGACGCUCCGCAUCCAACCGGAUUUCGCCGCGGCGGACCAGUUGCUGAAGAAGGUCAAGCGGCAGAUUCGGAAGGAUAAGUCCCGGCCGUGGCCGUACAUCAUCGCAACCGGGUUCAUGCUCGUGGCGAUCGUCAACGCGGCGCAGACCGUGGUGGGGCGCGCGGUGAUGAGAGAACGCCUCGCCGCGCAGGGAAAUGGACACGCGAACGGCGUCGGGCACGAGAACGGGCGCGCGAACGGGUUCCCGAAGCACCGAGGGAAGAGGAGGCACUGA